AUGCGUGACAGUGCUCUUUUCGAUGCCCUGAUCUUCACCACCAUCUUUCUAGCCUCGGUCUUUGGAUUGUACUGGAUGGCAUGCAUCCCCAGUGAGGACAAGCAUGACGGAAGAGAUCACAGAAUGCUGGCGGGAAGGCAGCAUGGAAAUGCUGGACAUCUGCUGUCAGGCAGACAGAUGUAUCCUGCAAUGUCUCAGCGCCCAACCCUCGAAGCUGGCUCCGUGCGGUCGUUGAACCCACUGAAUCCACCUUCAUCAAUGAGAUUGAGUUUGACCGCGCGAAAAUCCACAGGUGACAACUGGUACCCGGAGCUGCCCACUAUCUAUCCGCCUCUUGUGAUUCCAGCCGCACAUACACGGCUGGCAGUGCCGGUCUCGCCGCUGUUUCACGACCGGUUCGAGGUGGAUGUGCUUGGAUUGUCAGGCGUACCGUUGCUCACGGCUGCGCUCACGCAGGAAAAUGGCUUACGGAAGGUGCAGAUCUCCUUACACAGUGCAGGCACGCUUUUGGCAAUUGUGACCUCUGCCAAAGAAGUCUUUGGCAGCGACGGCACUCACUUCGGAACGCUAGUCCAGGAGGGAGACCGUCCCGAGUGCCUUCAGCAUACUCUUCGCGACCGGGCUGGGCGACCACUCCUGGCUGUCAGCACUCGUCAGGACCGCAGAGACUACAAGAUGACCUCGAUUUCCGGUGGACGUGUCCUCGAAAGGGCCACUGCGGUCCGGCGGCCAGCUGGCAAACUGCCGGCUGAACACUACGAGGUCGUUGCGAACCCGAACGUCGACGCAGUGCUGGUGCUGGCCUGCUUCCUCGCCGUCGUAGUCUUCAAGUCUUCGCAGAGCUCACCGGUUGCAAGAUCUGGUGGACGGCUAAGAAACGCAGGUCAGAGCGAAAGAAAGAGAGCCCACUCUGUAGGACAAUGCUUUUGA